UGUUUUGAUUGUACUAUCAUUUGUUUUGCAGAGGUUGCUACCCUCGAGGAGGACACAGCCAGGGAGCUUUCUGUUGGUGAACUGCUGGAGAGAGCAAACAGAGACCGCACCCCUGACCUGGAUGAGCCCACCCUGAUCGGAGGAGACAUCGCUGUCAAGUCUUUGGCUGACAGAAACGCCGAUCCCUGCACCUCCAGAGGCUGCCUGUGGCUCAAGUGGACCGAUGGGAAGGUCUACAUCCCCUACUACAUCGCCAACCACUACUCCUCCCGUGAGAGGUCCAUCAUUGUUCGUGGACUUGAGUCUUUCUCUGCCGUCUCCUGCAUCCGUUUCAGACCCUACAGGGAAGGAGAUCGCGAGUGGCUGAGCAUCGAGUCCAGGAACGGGUAAG